UCCUUCUCCCUUUUGGUUUUGGUUCUCUUGCUUAACCUCCAUUUUCUCAGUUAAUCAGGAAGCACGACUCUCUGUCCCCACCUUUGGGGAGAACUUCGGCGAGCCAUGAAUGCGUUGCUGAACAUCACUGACGAAUUUAUCAAUUCGAGCAAGAAACAGAAAGGGCUGAGACAUGUCUGAAUAUGAAUCCCACACCACGCAGUCUCCGUGUGCAAGUGCCCUUUGCUUUGCGUCUCUUGCUGUCUGAAGCUGAGCUUCUUCAGACAGAAAACAAGUAGCUUCACUAGCUUGUCUUCUUGCUCGGGUCCUCACUGUCUCAUAGAGGGUCUCUGCAUAAGGCUACGGUAUGCAAGUCUGAGCAGCUUAUACAUGGGAGCUGGCUUCAUAAUAUCAAGCCACCUCCCACUAAGAUCAUGAUUGGGCAGUGAUACAUACUGAUCGAAUUCGUGUACAACUACUGCUUACCCUUCAUUUUUUCGUGGUCUUCAAUCGUGGUGUGAGUGUCACAACCUUUACAUGCAUUCUCGCCAUACUGAUACGCUGACUAAAUUACAAAUGACAAACACAUAGUACAUACUUAUAAUGCCUGUUAAAGAGAGCGAUUUUGGAUGCAUGGGACACCAAAUCUAUAUGUGCUAUAUGACUUGAUAUAAAUAUUAUGGUACAUUUCUUAUGAUUCCGUGUGGAUCCACUUUCUCGUCUCGACUCCAACAGUUGUGGUAUGUUCGGAUUGAACUUAGACUACGGGAGACCUUUGUUUUUGUCAUAUUCAGAAUUGUGUUUCCAUGGAUCGUCAAAAUGAACAUUCCUGCGGAAAUUGACCCUUCGUGUUUUUCUAGCGGGAUUUAUGGGUGACGACAGGAUGGAGGAAAGGCUUCUUGGUACAGAACCAAAAGAAACAAGUAGGCUGACAGGGAAGGUCUGGGUGGAAUCAAAGAAAAUAUGGAGAGUUACCUUCCCUGCUAUGUUGGCCAGAGUGACCUCUUUUGGAACCUUUGUAGUGACGCAAGCAUUUAUCGGGCACAUUGGUGAGACAGAGCUUGCCGCUUAUGCGCUCAUUCAAAUCAUUGGCAUACGAUUUGCCAAUGGAAUAAUAUUGGGCAUGUCAAGUGCAACUGAAACAUUAUGUGGACAAGCAUUUGGUGCAAAGCAAUACCACAUGUUAGGAAUUUACUUGCAAAGAUCUUGGAUCAUCAAUCUGGUCACCGCAACCAUCUUGGCCCCGCUUUUUGUCUAUGCCUCGGCCAUUUUCAAGCUUCUCGGUGAAGAAGACGAAAUAGCCGAAGAUGCUGGGUACAUUGCCCUGUGGUUCAUCCCAAUCAUUUACUCCUUUGUGUUCAGCAUGACCAUCCAAAAGUUCUUGCAGUGCCAGCUCAAGAACACCGUCGUAGGAUGGCUCUCUGCUGGCACAUUUGCAAUUCAUGUCUUGUUGUCUUGGCUCUUUGUUUACGUACUUGAUUGGGGAAUCCCAGGAGCGAUGGGUGCGAUGAUAAUAUCAAAUUGGUUAGUGGUGAUUGGUGAGUUUGUGUAUAUGUUUGGAGGCUGGUGCGAAAGUACUUGGAAGGGGUUCACGUGGGCUGCAUUCGCCGAUUUAUGCCCUGUCAUAAAGCUUUCGGUAUCCUCUGGCGUUAUGUUAUGCUUGGAGUUGUGGUACAAUGCUGUCUUAGUCCUCUUGGCCGGAUACAUGACAAAUGCCGCUGCUGCGAUAUCUGCCUUCUCGAUUUGCCUCAACAUCUCGGCUUGGGAGUUCAUGAUAUGCCUCGGUUUCCUAACUGGAGCUAGCGUGAGGGUUUCCAAUGAACUGGGGAGAGGAAAUGCAAGAGCGGCGCUCUUUGCCAUUAAAGUCAUCUUGGGCACCUCAAUUGGCAUUGGAAUUGUCUUUUGGAUCUUGUGCCUAGUUUUUGGUCGACAGAUUGGCUACAUAUUCACAAGUGAGGAAGACGUUGUGGAAGAGGUUUCAAGCCUCUCAGUUCUCCUCGCCUUCUCUAUUUUACUCAACAGUGUUCAGCCAGUGCUUUCAGGUGUGGCGGUAGGUUCUGGGAGACAAAGUAUGGUUGCCUAUGUUAACGUAGGUUCCUAUUAUGUGAUCGGAGUGCCUCUAGGAGUUGUGCUGGCGUAUGUCGCCAAGUGGGAAGUUCAGGGUAUAUGGAUAGGGAUGAUUAUUGGAGUUGCAACUCAGACAGCGGUGCUCGGAUUUAUUACUUAUAGAACGAACUGGGACGAGCAGGUGAACAAAGCAUCAGAACGGCUCAAUAGGUGGUUCUUGAAAAGACCAGAUGACGAUGGCGAGAGCUCUGCUACUGAACAGCUGAACGGAUGAGGGAAAACUGAAGAGUAAAGGGUUUCAUCUCGGUUUGGUUCUCGGAUGCAAAUGAGUUGUCUUCGUCAUUUUUUCCCCAUUUUGCCCCCUCUAAUGACGGCCACAGAAACAUUGAUCAAACCCCAUCCCAAUUGACAAAUCUUUCUGACCCCAUUUUGUGAGUAACUAGACAAGAUAUAUUUGUUGAAGAUUGGAAGAACAUUCACAUUUCAGCGACCUUCAUCUAGUA